AUGGAAAAGUCAAGCAUCACGGACGCCUUUAAUCACUCAGUGUCUUGCUGGAUGUUUUGGGCCCUGUCAUGGGUUAACCCCGGUAGGGAACUCAGCCCCACACGGCUGCUCACUCCCCACAGUGGGAUGGGGAAGAGAAUUGGAAGGGUAAAAGUGAGCACACUGGAUACGGACAGCUUAAUAGGUCGGAAGAAGGAGAUUGACCUCUUUGUCAACUGCUUGGAAGCCUCUAACCGUUUUGGACAAAGACACAUACUGGCAUUUGAGGGCGCAAGGGGCGCUGGGAAGAGCCAAUUACUUAAUCACCUGUCCCAGUUAGGCCAGUCUGCUGGCUGCAGGGUAUUUGGCAUGGAACUGCUAGAGGUCAACGUGAGGCAGUCCUUCUCUGCCAUGCGUAUUCUGAUGGCCAGGGUGAUGGGCCUCCAUGAGUGUGAAUCGUGCAGUGCCAGGGAGCACGUGCUACGGACAAAUCUCAACGGGAUAAUCGAAGAGAGCAACUACUGCCUCCUCAAUGACAUCUUCCUUGUCAAGUUUCCCAUUUCAGACAAGGUUCGCCAAAUGCAUGAAAUGCAAAGGAAAGAGGAAUUGCAUUCAACCUGGGCAAAAGUGCUAGAGAAGACCAUUGACAGAAAUGCCAUAUUUGUCAUCGACAAUGCCCAUUUCAUUGACCCCGCCUCCUGGAGUAUCAUGGCACCUCUGCUCUGGAACAUCUCUGUCUUCAUGGUCAUGAGCUUAUGUCCCGGCUUUGCAAGAACCGAGAGCUUUCACAAAGCCACAGCAAACAACCUGAUGUCCCAUAAAAUCAUCUGCUUUCAACUAGAGAAGCUGAAACCUUCAGCUGUGGUGCAGAAGCUCUGCCAGGACCUUGGAGUGGUCAGCAUCCCUAGGGCUUUAGUGAGGUUCCUGGUCCAAAGAAGCUUGGGGAUCCCGUAUUACUUGGAGGAGCUGGUGCACUUCCUUCGUUGCAACGACAUGCUCUUGUUCCGCACCAAGAAGUGGGGUGAAAAAGCAGAGGACAGCUGGGAGAACCUGAACACUUUUGCAGUCUUGGAGUCAUCCCUCACAGCAAGCUCAAGGUCCAGAGCAGGGGCUGCGGCCAUGAUCUGCAUUGUAAGGCCAGUCGUGAACCUGGACAGCACCAUGCUGCCCAGUAACUUGAAAGAGAUUGUGCUGGCUCAGCUGGACGAGAUCACCCCACUGGAGCAGACUGUUUUGAAGUUUGCAGCCAUCAUCGGGCCGGUGUUCACUACCCAGCUGCUGUCAUACAUUCUUCCGAUUAGAAUGAGGCACAAGAUGACUACCUUGUUGGACAGUCUAGUGAGUGACAACAUCCUCAAGUGGACGGAGAGCACUGAGGAGCCAGAAGACGUCCAAGAUCCUAGCAAGGAGCCAGCCACCCCUCCGCAGGCAGAGAUUGGUGUGGAGACCUCCCCCCCAAGCAAGCAGAGUGUGGGGUGUCCAUUUGGUGUGCUGAUGUUCCAUAAGCCGCUGCUGCGGGAGGCUGCCUACGAGCUGUGGGUCCAGAAACAGCGGGUCACCCUGCACUCCAAGUGUGCUGCCUUCCUGGAGCGGUAUGCACACAAAUGCCAGAGCUGCGGCCAAGGGGACUUUAUUGUCUUCCACCGCUUCGCUGUCAGCAGCACCCAGGACAAAGGGAGCUGUAAGGACUUUGAUGAUGGGGAUGACCCACACAGCUGGAAGGCCUUGGUGCUGGCUGGAAAACAGCUGAAGAAGGAGAGGUUUUACAUCUCUGCAGGUAUUACAGAUACUCAGGAGGAGCAGGAGCAGCAGCAGCAGCAAGCUUUUGUGGAAGAGGAUUUUGGUGCGACUGACAGAGAGGACAACAAUGCGCUCUCAUGUGACUGCAAAGGCAUCGUGGAGUCAGUGCUUGUGCCAUUGGUUCACCACUACACAACACUGGGCAAUGCUGCCAGAGCCUUUUACUAUCUUCUGGAGACUGCAGCUGCCUACCUGCAUGUCUCCAACUACUACAUGGCCCUCAGGAAGCUGAGCGAAGCAGAUAUCCUGAGGAACUCUCUAAAGAGUAAAGCGAAUGUGAUAUCCCGCUUUGAAGAUGCCACCUUCUUCAGCCUCAAAGGGGAGGUCUGCUAUGGUGUGGGACGCACAGAGCUGGCAAAGAAAAUGAUCAGAAAGGCUUUGAGCCUGCUUGGAAGGCCAUUUCCCCGGAACCGCGCUGAAGACUUUGUCAGGUCGCAGGUUGAAAAAUUGCAGUGUGCCGCUUAUGUUGCCAGAAGAGCAUCUUCCCUUCCACAGAAGGCCCAGAAGAAGAAGCUCGCCUGGCUGCUGCGGCAGAGCCGCUGUCUUUCCUUACUGGAGCACCUCUUCAGGCUGGAGGGCACUUCUGCUGGAUGGAGGCUGUCCUGCCUGGCAGCGCGCAUGAGGGCCAGCACAGACAGGGCAGUGGACUUCUAUCUGUCAGCAGCCUGCACGAGCUAUGAUGCUGGCUUGGAAAUGAUCAUAUAG